CACCUUUGAGGCUGACCUUCAGGGGUGAGAACUCUGGAGGCGCACGUGACCAGCAGACUACAGACUCUGCAGACGACAGACCGCUUCCAACGAUACGUCAGUCACAUCCGUUCUGCUAUCACAAAUGUCUGGAAUAAAGGAGAUUCUUGGAGAGACGGUGCUGGGUAAGAACGGUCCAGUCGACGUGGAUUCAUUCGCCGAAGAGGGCUACGUGGUCGGCCUCUACUUCUCGGCCCACUGGUGUCCCCCGUGCCGCAGUUUCACACCCAAGCUGGUGGAGUGCUACAAAGCCUGUCGAGAGGCCGGAAAGAAAUUUGAGGUCGUCUUUCUCAGCCUUGACCGUGACCAGAAGAGUUUCGACGAGUACUACGGCGAGAUGCCCUGGCUGACUGUGGGCUUCGGCUCAGAUGUCAAGACAUCUUUGUCGCAAAAGUACUCCGUUUGUAGCAUCCCGACCUUGAUUCUGGUGGAUGGCGCCACAGGGGAGACGAUCUCCACAGACGGCCGCAACAAGGUCGCCAGUGACCCCAGCGGCAGUAACUUCCCCUGGUCAGGCAUCCCCGACUCUCACUGGCGGUGCCAUGUGUUGUAGGACAGCUUUGCCAAGUUACGGGGUUUGUUUCAGUAAAAUUCACAAGUUUGCACUCAAGCGGAGGGGCUGCAGCAGAGUGAGGUCAACAUUGCACUGACUGUUGGCGUUUUAAACUUCUUGGUCACCAUGGCCAGUCCCCACAUGUUCUUGCCUCACUCAGAUAAAAGUAAAGACAAUUUUUCACUGUUGAGUGUACCUUUUAUUGUUUCUAUGAUUACUUUCCUAUAUUUUCAACUCUGAGAGUUUGAGUCUAUCUCUGCGGUGCUGGUAAGAAGAUUAUCGAGAGAAUUUAUGUUACAUACUAUUUUACAAGGAGUGUAACGACACCAAACUUGUAUGUACAGAUCAUGCUAAUAAAACCCAUAAAUGUUUCAAGUUAAGCUUCUGGUAUUCUGUGUCAGGAAUAGAUCAUUUUAGUAUUUGUCAGGGAUUUUUUAAAUGUCAGCUUCUCAAUGUUAUUGCAGCAGUAUUAUUGCCUUCUUUCCUCGGGCGUCUGACAUUUCUGUGUCAUGAAUAAUAUUUUAUAAUACUAGUAGUGCGAAUGUUCAGAAAUAUUCAUGCAACAACAGGGGUAGUCAAAGUUUUCGUUUUGAGGGACGGUAAAAUACCAAACACCCAAGUCAGGUGACUACACAACAAACCUAGUGAUAACGGAAUGGACAACAACUGAGUACACAAUAGCUUUCACUUACAGAAUAUAUUGUGUACAGUGAAUCUGUUUGAAAUCCCUCACAAUAAAACUUUUAAACCAAC